UGCAGAAGAAGAAAUGGACAUCGAUGACACCACAGCCGGGACAGCAGCUGACGAGUCUGCGUACAUAGGCGAUAAUUGCUUAUCGACUCCUGCAGCAACAGAAGAUAAUUCCCCUCAGGAGGAAAGCCAGCUUGACCCGGACGUGAAGGACGAGGCGGGUUUGGAUGAGUCGGAGGGCGUCGACCCUGCCGCAGAGGAGUCCCCGGACCAGUCCAUAAGCUCCGCUAUGCCCAUAGACUGCGCUGUGGGUGAGGGAGACGGCGCACACAUGGUUCAGGAUGAUGAAUCGAGCACAAUGGACGAAGAUAUGGGCGGCGGCGAGGGAGUUGCAAGCAGCGACGACGUCAACGACAUCAGUAGCGCCGCGGCAGAGGUCCUCAGCACAGGCAUAAGUUCAAGCACGGCUGAAGGCGCGGCGGAUAUAUCCAGCAGCGGCCAGACCGAGGCCACCCUGAUAUCCUCCACCGCCAACGGACCGGCAGUAUUACAUUCAUUCUCUAUCACUCCACAGCAGCAACAAGCAAAUGAGUAUCUGAAUUUCCUUUCGUCCAGAUUUGGUGAUGCUGACACGUCGGAAAUGGAGGGAGCCGCUGAUACGAUGCCCACAGUAAGCGAGUCGAUGCCGUUGCUCACUAUGACAGCGAACGGAUCGGCUUUGCUUUCACCCACUUUUACUCAAGCCGAGGAGGGCGGGGCCAGCGGCGUGUCGUCAUCGGUGGCCGCGGAGGGCGCGGGCGGGGAGGGCGCGGCGGAGGGCGAGGGCGCCGUCAGCAGCUCGGUGGCGGGCUCCAACGGCGCGCCGCCGCUGCCGCCGACCGACGCCGCGCACGCGUUGGCGACCCUGGCCAGCGCCGCGCUGCACCACCAGCAAGAUCAGGCUGAACCUGAAGACGUUAAACCUCAAAUUGAGGAGGAUGCAUGGUAUACUGUUGGACUUGUAAGAGGGACUACUUUCACGGUUCAAAACUACAUAUCGGACCCCAAUGUAGACCUGUCUAAUUUAUCCCUGGACAGUUUGCCAGACUUCACCAGUUUGCCUACAACUCCCCUAGAACACGGCACAGCGUAUAAAUUUCGGAUCGCAGCAAUCAAUUCUUGCGGUCGGGGCGAGUUCAGUGAGGAAUCAGCAUUCAAGACAUGUCUACCAGGGUUCCCUGGGGCGCCGUCAGCUAUAAAAAUAUCAAAGUCCGUUGAAGGAGCACAUUUAUCAUGGGAACCGCCACAAGUGGCCGCUGAAGGCAUAUUCGAAUACUCUGUGUAUCUCGCAGUCCGGUCAAACUCUCAACCCAAGGAGGCAUCAAAAUCGCAACUGGCAUUCGUGCGUGUGUACUGCGGUAAAGCGAACACAUGUGUCGUACCACAGUCGUCUCUGGGCGCAGCGCACGUAGACUCAUCCACCAAGCCCGCGAUCAUUUUCCGCAUCGCCGCGCGCAACGAGAAGGGCUACGGACCUGCCACGCAAGUCAGGUGGCUUCAAGAUAUCAAAUCUACAGGAGUGAAGCGAGCGGGUGACGGCCGGCUGCCGGGCGCGUCGCCCUCCAAGCAGCCCAAACAAAUACUGCACUAAGUGUUAGUCUGUGACACCUUGACAUUUUAUCAUAGAAUAAUUUAGUUAUGUACAGUCGACUAAGUGAAUAAUGUUCGCCUUCAUGGUUAGUAAGUACACUUUUAUUUUUUACUUUCAUUUUUUUUCAUAAUGAAAUCUCAAUGAUUGUGGAUAGUGUUUUUAAAGCGGACUAUCCAAUCGACAAAUAAUCAAGUAUAUUAUUAUAGUGUUCUCGCGAUUGUUACAUAUGCGUCAUACGACUGAUUAUGAAGUGUAAGGGAUAGACUGAAUGAUGUUGAGACAAAGUUGCCGUUAAUGUAUAAAUUUUCUUAACUGGACUAAAUAAACAUGGUAGAAAUAUUCACAUUUUAUUUUUAAUAGACCUAAACUUCAACUGUUUUAAAUAUAAUUUUAAUUAUGUUCUUAAAGUAUUAUAUUGUUACAUAAUAUAAUAUGAAUUUAGAUAAAUGAGGAAGUGAUAAAGUUAGAUGAGUUUAUACGAGACCAAUGUUCAAUUUCGUUUAUACGGGAGGAUUUUAUAACAAAAAGAAAUAGCGAAAUUGCAUUUGGCUUUUAAUACUUAAUUACAUAUUAUUGAGUACACUAUACAUUUGUUUCAUUGCUAUAAAAUGCUAUCUAUUCAAAACUCCGGUAGGCAUUCCAAAAGAAAAUUAAUUACAAAUCAUUAUUUAAUUAUACCUUUCGUUU